AGGGGAGGGGGUGAGCUGGCUGCCUCAGCUCCAGUGUACACAGCCCAGCUCCACUCAGGAGAGCAGUAGAGAGGGGAAGAGUGUGGAGAGAAAAACAGAGCUAGAGAGUGUGAGGGAGAGGUUGAGAGAGAGAGAGAGAAACAGAGAGAGAGAGAGAGAGAGAGAGAGAAGGAGAGAGCGAGGAGUGAGAGAGACUAGAGGAACGCAGCAGCCGUCGUGGUCACUGCAAGAACACUUGCUCUCGGGCGGAAAUGGAGGGGCACAGUCGUGGGAACUGACACACACAGUUGUAUCGGCGGGAGAGAGAGAACUUCAUGUGGAAGGGGCUUGUCUUGAGAGGAUAAGGAUUAAAAGGAGCCUUGGGCUGGAUGGGACCCAUCAUGCCGCCGGGCAAGAAAGCGGAGGCCCCAAGUAACGGCAGCGUGGCACGCGGCCUGAGCCAGCUGUACCCUGACGGCGAGGCGGCCGACCUGUCGCUCUCGCUGUCGGCCUCGCUGAGCCGAGCCGAGGACGAGGAGCUGACCAGCCUGAGCUGGCUGCACGAGACCAGCGAUCUGCUGACCAGCCUGGGCCACCCCGGCCUGCGUAGCGUCAGCCCCGUCCAAGAUGGAGGCGCUGCCGCAAGCGAGGGCGGCGGCGGUAGAGGCAGCGGUGGUGGUCGCGGUGGCCGGGACCCUUCCCACCGCUCCUCGCCAUCCUCCUCACCGGAGCCGUCCGAGCCAGGGGCGUACGAUCUCCCGGCGGGGCCCAACCGCAAGCCGCCGUAUUCCUUCAGCUGCCUCAUCUUCAUGGCCAUCGAGGACGCGCCCAGCAAACGGCUGCCCGUCAAGGACAUCUAUGGCUGGAUCCUGGAGCACUUCCCCUACUUUGCCAGCGCCCCAACAGGCUGGAAGAACUCGGUGCGCCACAACCUCUCGCUCAAUAAGUGCUUCAAGAAGGUGGAUAAGGACCGCAGCCAGAGCAUAGGAAAAGGUUCCCUUUGGUCCAUCGACCCCGAGUAUAGGCACAACCUCAUCCAGGCUCUGAAGAAGACGCCGUACCACCCUUACUCUCCGCGCCUCUCCUCCACGCCCCCCGCGUCUCCCCCGACCUCCCCGCAGGCAUAUCACAGUACCCCUCUGUGGUCUGGAAGUCCACUCUUCAGGAAGAAUGGAGGAGUUUUGCUGCAAGUUCCACAGAAGGUGAUCCAAAAUGGUGCCCGUGUGUCGAGCCAGGGUCUGUUUCCAGUGAUCCGACCACUGCACAUCAGCCCUGUCGGAAGUAGAACCUCAGCUAUGAGGUCAGCUUUGGGUGACUUCCUCACAAAGGGAACUGGCAGCUUGCUCAGUGACUCUCCUUCAGCCAGCGACUCAGAUGCCCAGGAGGACCACACCUACAGCAGUGCCACAUCUGCCAAAACACCCCCUCCAUCCUCCUCCCAAGAGUCCAGUCGAGUCGAUGUCAAAGUUGAGGAUGGGGAGGACCCAGUUGAGUGCCAGGAGGUCAAGCAGGAGCCUCAGGACAUUCCGCUGGACGUGGGUGUUGACUCCUCCCAGCAGCAGGCGUUGUGGAGGAAGGUGCUAUGGGUCAAAGGUCGUCCGCGGACGCCUGGAGACACACUGCCCCUGAAGAAGAGGCGUGCCGCUGAGAAGCCCCCUGAUAGCGACGACGAGGAGAUGAAGGAGGCGGCGGGGUCGCUGCUGCACCUGGCCGGCGUACGAUCCUGUCUCAACAACAUCACCAAUCGCACUGCCAAAGGCCAGAAAGAGCAGAAAGAGAAAGAAGCUCAAAGAAACUAAUAAACGCAAGCAAAAAAAGAAAGAGUUAAAAAAAAAAAAUUAAGUAAUACAUGCAGAUGAAACGGAGGAUUAAACAGAGGAGAGAGCAUUUUUCUUUCUCUGGCAGAUUUUUAAAGUUUUGUUUGUUUUUAUUUCCAGGAUAUCAGGUGAAUUCUACUUUGUGGCAAUAUUAGACAAAACAAAUCACUGUUUCCCUUUUUUGUUUUUAAAUUCUAUUUUAUACGAUAUAUUAUCAUGUGUGUGUGAGUUUGAGUGAAAUGGGUCUGAAUGUAUGUCUGAAAAAAUAUAUAUAUACAGUUAAUGUGCGUGUGUGUGUGUGUGUGUGUGUGUGUGUGUGUGUUUGUGUUUAUGUUUAUGUUUCUCUCUGUAAGAGGAUAAAAGCCAUAUUGUGGAUGUCAUCAUUUAGAAAACUUGUGUCCAUAUGAAUUAGGUCAUAAAUAUUAUUUUGGCUCUGAGUGGAGGCUGAGAAACAGCAACUGGCAAAGUUGUAGCAAAUCACCCAACUGGUUAUUUAGACAGGAACGCUAGUUUUUCAGACAUUACUUGCUGCUCAUACGGGAGUGCCAAAGACAAAAAAACACAGGAAGUAGACACAUUCAGAUGUGUUGAUUGAUGAUUACAAGGUAAUCAACAUGCUAUCACAGGCAGUUUACCUCACAGAGUUAGCACAGAUGAGAACUAUACCUGAACAGAACCCAUACCUGAGGUGGAAAAUCCCACUAGAAAUAAAGUCCAGUGCAUUGUGUUUAAAGGACAACAAUCAGUGCAUAUUGAAGAGGCUGGAGUCUUGAUACUUCCCAAGUCUUUUCAUCGGUGCAAAUUAGCUCAGUGGCUCAGUGCAGGAAAGAUAUGUGUCCAUGGCUGUGUAAUUGUGAGCAGGAUGCUGGGUCAGAGGCAAUAUUGAUAUCAUUUCAUCACGUCUUGUGUACAUUUUUCCCAUCUUUGUCUGUCAUUGAAUUGAACACUCAGAUUGAAUGAUAAGUGACACUAACAACCCUGCCUGUCAUGUUACAAUAUUGUUGUGUACGAGUGUUCAUUCGGUCAUUUUGAUUUGACUCUUUUUUUUUCUAGUCCUCAAAACAAACUAAGCAAUUUUUGUCCUUCAUGGACAACACUGAACACUGUACAAAGUAAGAACAUUUUUUCUUGUCUUUUCUUUUCGCAAGAUAAGGCAGUUUGGCCUUUAGGGUUUUAUGAGUUGGAAUGCAUGGGCAUCUGUAAAUAAGAUUGAAAAAGUAUUUUUUUUUCAAACCAUGUAAGAUAAUAAUGUAUUUAGCAUGAAGCAUGACUUAUUUUCAUAUAACUAUAAAUCCUAUACAGAGGCUUCCCCCUCAGCUCUUAUAAGUGUUUUUUUUCUCCUUGUCAUCAAGUGAACAUUUUCACCCUUUAAAGCAUUCACUCACCAACAACUCUCCUUGUCAGAAACGUCACUCUUAAAUAAGAGGCUCUGUUUUCAGUAUGCUUAAGCAGAGCCCUCUCUCCUCCUUGAGUCACACAGUAUGUGUGUUAGGGAGUAGAAGGAAGAAGAACAGUGUGUGUGUGUGUGUGUGUGUGUGUGUGUGUGUGUGUGUGUGUGUGUGUGUGUGUGUGUGUGUCCACUUUGUACACCCUUUAACUUUGUGCCUGCCUUAUAUAUCUGUAUUUGGGUGUCUUUGACCAGUGUUGUUUUUUUCAUCCAUCUUUGAAUUUCUAAUUUAUAAAAGUGUUUUACUAUGUUUGUUCGCUGUAAAUGUAUGUACGUCACAAACUUCCUCCUCGAAUGGUUUAGUUAAACACCGACCGCAUAUAUAGCAGUUUAAGACUCUGACAAACAAGGGACAGUUGUGCUUACGUUCACAACAUGGGGUGGUGUGCUUGUGUAAAAACAUCACCAUGUGGAAUUUAAUGAUCAGGUGAAGGCUAUGCUACAUAUUUAAUGUCACUGAAGCAAUUUUCCAGCACUUACAAAGUGGAUGAUGUACGACUAGUUUCCAGCAUAAUCAGCAAAUAACGAAUGUGAAUCAGUGAGUGCAAGAUAUAUCCGUAUGUUACGGGUUUACCCUGAGGAUAUUACAACUAUACAUGCAGCUGUACAAAAAAAAAAGAAAUUCUAAAAUGUUACAAUUUGUUGUUGUAUCACUUUAGUUGCACAUAAAGGACAGAACUUUAGAAGAAUGUUUUGGUGGUUGGGUAUUGUGGUUUCAGUGAUAUCCAGUCGAUUUUGGUCCAUAAAAAAAAACAUAUGGUGAACACCAAUCUGGGUGUUCCCUUAAAAAAUACACACAACAGUGAGGAGAACAACAGCUAUUUAGUUUGCAUUGUAAAAUAUAUACUUGACCCAAUCCGGUUGCAUUACUUGUUUGUGGUAUGUGGUAAUUGAGGACACUGACAGAAUGUUAGGGUCAGGUUGUGUGUCACUGCCUUGGGUGUCUUUGCACUGUCGUUUGCUGUCGAGUUUGUCAUGACACUUGAAGUCGGCAUAAUCACUCUGUCAAUUCAGGCACUUAGCUGUACACAUACACCAAAGUUGACAGUGAGAUUUUGCUCUUUAAAGGGGAAUGUCUAAAGUUUGAUCUGAGUCAUUGUUGAGAAAGGGAGGGGGGAGUUGGUAAGCAUAAGUUGGAAGGCUGAAGUAGAAUUCACUGCCUCAAAUGUCCAGAAAAUGAGAUUCUUCAAUAAUUGUAUUCAACUUGCCAAACACCCGUGCAGAAGAAAAUACUGUUAAUUUGUUUUAGUUUAACAAAUUAAUACUGUUAAUUUGUUUUGUUUUAGUCACUGCCCAUCUGGUGAAUCCUUAGAAUGGAUUCCACCUUAGAGGAAGCAAGUACACAAACACUCUAAGUGUUAUGUUCAGACUGGAGGUAGCACAUUCUAUUUCCACUAUGUGCAAUCACAUUGCCAAAGAACAGUCUAAAAAUAUAUCAUAACUGCUUGUAAAUAUCACACUGUCCUUUAUGUGACAAUAAAUGUCAUGUUUCUUCCUUUUUUAUCCAGAUACUUACAAUAAUGUUUAUGUAAUGUAUUGUCUUCCAGUUGCAAUAAUAAAGAAAUGAGUUUGAAGAG